UACUUGGGAAUAAGUUCCGUUGAAUGCAGUUGGGUUUGCUGCUCAGUAAACAGGAUGAGACUGAGCUCCACACUGUUCAGUGAAGGGCACACUCGGAAAACAGUUGCAUUUGGAACUGUUUCCCCGUGAAAUUUUGUCAAACUCAAUUAAUUUAAUGGUUUGCUAUCCCCGAAAUGUGACUCUUUGUACUGGAACAGUAAGGGGAAUGAUUGCUUAUUCCUGUAAGGGGCUCUGAAAAUAGGGGCAACUGUUCGCUUUUUUCCUUACUGUAUAGCUGUAAAGAAAUCAUGAGGAUGAGCCUUUGUAAGGUGUCUGACUAUGCUUUCCUUUGUUGCUGGCCCUGAUCAUGUGGUUCCAUAAAAACACAUGUAUUAUGGCAUACAUGUUACGUACUAAAAACUAGUUCAUCAGAUGCAUGCAGUAUUCUUCUCUAAGCAUUUAAAAGUGGACCAUCAUCCACAAAUUUGUGGUAUAAUACACAUGUUAUUGCAACAAUGCAGGCUGGCAGCACUGUCUAUUGGGAAAGGAAGCAAUGUGGUCAAUGGCAAAUGGUUCAAAAGAAGUGCAUGGGAGGGCUUUAGUUGGUAGUAAUUUAAUUUUGAUAUCUAGGCCACUAAUGCUUGCUGAGUGAAACAGUUUUCACAGACUAGUGGGUAGCCUGACUGGCAUGAUGAUAUUAGGCACAGUAUGGAGUGCAAUGGGAUUAGAAACAUGAUGAGGUCUUUAAAUAAAGACCAAAUUAAGGGGUUUGGUCUACAAGCUAAAAUUGAGGAACCACAGUCCUAAUUAAGCACUAAUAUAAGAAAUGGACCAGUUAUAGUGGUGUGAGAUUUAAAAUAAAAAAAAAAAUUCACCAAAUCUUAUUUUCAAUCCAUUCUAAUAAUGAGGAAAGUAUCAUCUAUAGACAAGAAGUUUGCACGUGGAGAAUUGAUACAAAUCAUGGAUGACACAGAAGAGGACUACAUGUCAGAUUCCUUUAUUAACAUGAACCAGGACGUCAGGCCCGGUAUGCCAAUGUUAAGGCGUGUAAGAGAAACGUUUAGAAAAGAAGAAAAACAAAAAGAGGCCAAUGAAAAAAGUCGGCAAAAGAGCAUAAAAGAGCAGGAAGAAGAGCAACGUGAGACUGUCUUAAACAUCGCUUUGGGAAAUGAGAACAAAGGCUUUGCUAUGCUUCAGAAAAUGGGAUACAAAAGUGGCCAGCCUCUUGGCAAGAGUGGGAAGGGUAUUGUCGAGCCUAUUCCUCUGAACAUUACCACAGGUAGAAGUGGGCUUGGCCAUGAAGAAGUGAAAAAAAGAAAAGCCGAAGAAAACCUGGAAAACUACAGAAAAAAGAUGCAUAUGAAGAAACAGGCUGACAAGCAGACAACUGACCUCUUCAAAAUGAGACUGAAGACCAAACAGGAGCAACUACAAGUAAAACGAGACCUUGAGAAAAGUCAGAAAGCCUGUCAACAAUUAGAUAUGCAGAAAGGCCUUGAACACCCCAAAGAGAUUUGGUACUGGUUGAGAGCAGGGGGUGAAAAAGAUGAUGAUGAGGAGGAGGAGGAGGAGGAAGAGGAGGACAAAGAAGAAGAACCCAAAGAAUCAGAAAAGUUACAGAUUUUGACAGCAUAUCUAAAGGAAGAACAUCUCUAUUGCAUCUGGUGUGGAACAGCUUAUGAAGAUCAAGAAGAUAUGUCUUCAAAUUGCCCUGGAGACACAUUUGCAGAUCAUGAAUAAUCUUCCUAAAAUGCAAAACAGUGUCAAAAUGAUAGACAAAUUCAGAGGACUGCGUAUUUUUAUAGGGGCACAUGUUUUGUGGGGUGUUUGUGUAGUUAAAUGGAACUGCUUCCCGAGCUCCUGCUCAUGUGGAAAAAUGGAUAUAAAACCUUAACUCUACACACUAAGAAUCCUGUGACUAGGACUUGUGUAAGCUGUUGGCUGUUUUCUGUGCAAGUUGCAUGUUUCCCAUUUUUAAACACUGUCUACCUUCAACAAAGACAGCCAAGGCUCUGCCUUCCUUCCCUGCAGCAAGGAUGGAAUGUCAUUUUUUUGCCAAAGGAAACAAGAAGCUGAGAAGUUCCUGUAUUUCAGAGGUAAAAUGUAUGCCACAAUUCUAUGGCUUCCAACAUUGUCUGGGGCUUUAGGAUUAUUUGGCCUCAGGCAAUGAGGCCUUGGAGUAGGGCUCCAGAGUCCCUUGCCCUGCCUGCCCCUCUGAGGGCCAAACGAAUGCUAACUGGCUCUUAAGGUUGGAAACCAGUCUUGGAGAUGAGGAAAAGGUCAUGCUGGUGCAUGGGAAAGGAGAAGAACUAGGGCUGGUGGCUUAUACUGUAUUCAGAUGGUGCCCCAGAAAAUGGCUGUCCAGAUGGAACACAGAGCAUGAAGCACAGUACUGGAGAAUGUCCCUGCCACACCUAAUGCCCUGCAUUGGAAACACAUAGGACUCCAUCUGCAGAGCCUUAUGUGCAUUAGAUUGUGCACUAAGCGUGUGUAUUUGUGUCUAAUGUUAAUCCUAUUUACUUCCCAUUCAUUUCUAUACGUCUCUAUAAGUAGAUCAUAGCUGACUUGUCCUAUUUAUUUCAGUGGAUAAUAAGCAAAGUAGGAUCAUCAUUGAAAACUGCUCACAUAUAUAAUACCUUAAAACACACAAGGCACUAUCCAGUACUACCCACAGGAUCACAGGACAUGCUCUGGCAAGAGGGAAGCUAGCAGAUCUUGAAGUAAAUGGAAUCGAGCCAAAAUACUCAUUUCUGGAACUGGCAGAUCAGUGGGACAUGCAGACACAAGCUGUACUAGUCUUCCCAUUCUACAAAGCAACAUUUCCAGGGUUGCUUUAAGAAGUCUGUGGUUAAUCCUUGCACAAGAAAAACAAUAUAGCACCAACACAUGUGGAAUUGAGACAUUCAUGUUGGCAUUCAUGGGAAUGUUACUGAACUCAAUAGGACCUUCAUAGUAAACAUACUGCUUAAGUAUUUUUCUGUUGGCCAUAUUGCCUGUUGUUGAAGGUUAACAAGCCCUAUUAUUAAGGCUACCAGCUAAGGGGAAGCAUUACUGUUGAGCAGAUCUUUCUUCUAGGGUGUUUUCUAAAGAAAUUGGCAAUGCAGCAAUUUUAUUUCUGAAUAUAAUUUAUUAGAAUUGAUGAAAGCAGUAACAUAAGCUACAUGUACUAGAACAGAAUAGCAACAUUAAUUUCCAAGACAUGAGACAUACAAUUUCAGUAAAAAUAGAUCUUAAUACUAAAA